AUGGACUCGUUACAAGCACGACAAACAUGGGAGCUGGAGAAUCGAAUCGAGCCGUUGGCGUCCGCUGACGUGGACACGAUCUACCGCUACGACGAGCGAAUCCACGCGGACGUGCUGUCGCAGAAGCCGUGGACCAAAGAUCCGCACUACUUUAAGAACGUCCGAAUCUCCGCGCUCGCGCUGCUGAAAAUGGUCGUGCACGCGCGAUCGGGGGAUACGAUCGAGGUGAUGGGCAUCAUGCAGGGCAAGGUGGUGGACGGCACAAUCAUUGUCAUGGACGCGUUUGCUCUGCCUGUGGAGGGCACAGAGACCAGAGUCAACGCCCAGGCUGAGGCGUACGAGUACAUGGUGGAGUUCACCCAGACGAAUAAGAGGGCGGGGCGGCUGGAGAACGUGGUGGGAUGGUACCACUCGCAUCCGGGGUACGGGUGCUGGCUGUCAGGCAUCGACGUGUCCACUCAGAUGCUCAACCAGGAGUUUCAAGAGCCCUUCCUCGCUGUCGUCAUUGAUCCCACGCGCACCGUGUCUGCUGGCAAGGUGGAGAUUGGAGCGUUCCGCACAUACCCCAAGGGGUACAAGCCGCCAGAUGAGCCACCAUCGGAGUAUCAAACCAUCCCUCUCAACAAAAUUGAGGACUUUGGCGUGCACUGCAAGCAGUACUACUCAUUGGACAUCACCUAUUUCAAGUCGUCACUCGACUCGCACCUCUUGGACCUGCUCUGGAACAAGUACUGGGUCAACACGCUCUCCUCCUCGCAGCUCCUUGCCAACCGAGACUACGUGGCUGGCCAGAUCUCCGACCUGGCGGAGAAGCUGGAGCAGGCAGAGGGGCAGCUGGCGCAUUCGGGACGCAUUGGGGGGUUCCUGAUGCCGCCACAGCGACGCAAGGAGGAGGAGUCACCAUUGAGCAGGUCCACACGGGACAGCACUCGCAUCACCGUGGAGCAACUGCACGGGCUCAUGUCGCAGGUGAUGAAAGAUCUACUGUUCAACUCUGUUGCUGCCACAAGCAAGCCGGAUAAGGUCCAAUUACAAGCUGCCAGCUCAUCAGGGGGGGAACCCAUGGUUGAAGCCUGA